CCGCGCCAGCGCGCCCGCCUCCCCUGCGCGUGCUUGCGGUGCCGCUCCCCGCGCCGUCGCCGCUCGCCGCGGGCACCGCAGCCAUGGCCGACAUCAAGACGGGCAUCUUCGCCAAGAACGUGCAGAAGCGACUCAAUCGUGCGCAGGAGAAGGUCCUUCAGAAGCUUGGGAAGGCUGAUGAGACCAAAGACGAACAGUUCGAAGAAUAUGUCCAGAAUUUCAAACGUCAAGAAGCAGAAGGCACCCGACUUCAGCGAGAGCUCCGAGGCUACUUAGCAGCCAUUAAAGGGAUGCAGGAGGCCUCCAUGAAGCUCACCGAGUCCCUGCAUGAGGUGUACGAGCCCGACUGGUACGGGCGGGAAGACGUGAAGAUGGUGGGGGAGAAAUGUGAUGUGCUGUGGGAAGACUUUCAUCAGAAACUAGUGGAUGGGUCCUUGCUGACUUUGGAUACGUAUCUGGGCCAGUUUCCUGACAUAAAGAACCGCAUCGCCAAGCGCAGCAGGAAGCUGGUGGACUACGACAGCGCGCGCCACCACUUGGAGGCACUGCAGAGCGCCAAGAGGAAGGACGAGAGCCGCAUCUCCAAGGCAGAAGAAGAAUUCCAGAAAGCCCAGAAAGUGUUUGAAGAGUUCAAUGUUGAUCUACAGGAAGAGUUACCAUCGCUGUGGUCAAGACGAAUUGGAUUUUAUGUCAAUACUUUCAAAAAUGUCUCUAGUCUCGAGGCCAAGUUUCAUAAGGAAAUUGCAGUGCUUUGCCACAAACUAUUUGAGGUGAUGACGAAACUGGGCGACCAGCAUGCUGACAAGGCCUUCACCAUUCAGGGAGCCCCAAGUGACUCUGGUCCUCUCCGCAUUGCAAAGACACCGUCACCUCCUGAGGAGCCUUCACCCAUCCCAAGCCCGACAGCUAGUCCUAAUCAUACUCUGGCACCUGCAUCCCCCGCCCCGGUGCGACCAAGGUCACCUUCACAGACAAGGAAAGGCCCCCCUGUUCCACCUCUGCCUAAAGUCACCCCAACUAAGGAACUGAAGCAGGAGAAUAUCAUCAAUUUCUUUGAGGACAACUUUGUUCCAGAAAUCAGUGUGACAACCCCUUCUCAGAAUGAAGUUCCUGAAGCAAAGAAAGAGGAAACUUUGCUGGAUCUGGACUUUGAUCCUUUCAAACCAGAGGUCACACCUGCAGCUUCUGCUGGAGUGACCCACUCACCUAUGUCUCAGACGCUGCCCUGGGACCUAUGGACGACAAGCACUGAUUUGGUACAGCCAACUGAUGCUUCAAAAAGUCUUUCCCUCUGUAACCUGAUCAUGGAGGAAACUCCUGACAGUGGGUUGGCCGAAGAAAUUCAAAGCUCUCAGAUUGAUCUAGGUGCAUUUAUUCAGGGUCCUGAUGCUAGUACAGGCAGUGUCAGCCAGGAAAUUACCCUUGGUGGAUCCCAGGAAGACUCUGUAUGUCUCUCUGAACCAGAAAAUGACACUGAAGUUUAUGCCCAAAUGCUUCCUUCUGUGAACUGGCACACCCUAGGUAAGCCUGUCCUGGGGUCAGCCCCGCCCUGUGGAAACGAAGAGCUGUUCCUGGAGCCUAUUCCUGAGAUUGGAGUUGCCACUGCUGCUUGUGUGGAGAAGGAUCAGACUUACAAUUUCCCUGGCUCCGAGAUGCCUGCCACGGAAACUGGUGGCUUGGUCAGAGAAAGUCAAGAUGUCAGAAAGCCAGAAGAAGAAGAAGAACAGCAAAGGAUAGAAGAUUCUGUGUUCAUGAGUGUGAAGGCAUGUGAAAAGGCUUCUGGUGGUUCAUUUAAUGGAUUUACCCAGCCCCAGGACACUUCAUUAUUCACGAUGCAGACAGACCAGAUCAGCAGCUUGGCUGAAUCAGAACCUGCUCCCCUUGCUGAGCCAACUACAGAGGAGCCGCUGGCCGCUGGACCAGAACCUGGACCAGAACCUGGACCAGACACCCAGGCUGAGGAGCCCUUAGAAGGGGCAGCAGUCCCGCCUGGCACAGAGGCUGAUGUGGCACCCGCAGCAGAGGGAGCCCCCGAGGGAGUGGUCGAGCCAGAGAAGGCAGCGGAGCCCGGGGCAGAGGCCAGGCUAGAGGAGACUCCGGCCGAGACGGACACCACGGAGGCUGGAGAGCACGAGCAGCCGCAGCCAGAAGAAGCAGAAGCCGCCGCACCGCAGGAGAAGGUCAUCCCCUCCGUGGUCAUCGAGCCUGCCUCCAACAAUGAAGGGGACGGAGAGCACGACGUGCCGGCAGGGACGGCUCUCCCAAGCGGCGACUCGGAGCAGCCCGCGCCCGGCCCCACGGCAGGCCAGGCCCUGCAGGACCUGCCACCCGGCUUCCUCUAUAAGGUGGAAACGCUGCACGAUUUUGAGGCGGCAAAUUCCGAUGAACUGAACCUGCAGAGGGGAGACGUGGUGUUGGUGGUGCCCUCGGAUUCGGAAGCCGACCAGGAUGCAGGCUGGCUGGUGGGAGUGAAGGAGUCAGACUGGCUUCAGUACCGAGAUCUUGCCACCUACAAAGGCCUCUUUCCAGAGAACUUCACCCGGCGCCUGGAUUAAGCACCCGAGUGUUGCCAGAGUAGCCUGCUUACUGGUUUCUUCACCCUGCGUGGAACUGGAAGUGCUCACUUUUGCUAAGACACUCUCGGUGAUGGACAGAGUGAUGCCGUGGCAACGCUCGUCACGGCACAUCCGUGGGGCAUGUGUGCAAAAACUCUAAGAGACAAAAGUGAAGAAAGCAAAGUUCCUCACUGAUUCUCAUGUUAUUGAUCAAAGGUUCGUUUGUGCUUUGUCCGAGCAGUGGACACUCGUGUACUUGAUGCCCUCCCGCCAGUUCCAAGGUCGCUUUCUCCGAACCAGAACCUUAAUCCUCUGCACCAAGUGUCUGGUAUUGAGUGGCCGCCCUGCAGAUGUGAUGAACUACCCUGUAGUGUGAGAUUAUUUUACUCCCCAGCACAGGUGUGAGCACGUGAGCGCUCUCUUCCUUCUCUCUCUCUCUCUCUCUCUCUCUCUCUCUCUCUCUCUCUCUCUCUCAAGUUUACUGUGUUUAAAGGUAAAUUUGCUGCAAAGGUUUUCAACGUUCUUUCAAACACAAUUUUCUCUCUCUCUCUCUCUAGACAGUCACACUAUUUCCCAUCACACCUGGGUUUAUGUGUAUGUGCCGAACUGCAUACACAUAGCUGCUCCCUUUCCUUUUUGUGGUAGCUCUUUGCCUCUCAGUGUCAUUGGUACAUGCAUUGCUCUUACUCUGUCUGGCAUUACAGUUGCAGGUUUGCCUUAGGGCAAAACCAACCAUCUGAUUGCCAAAACAGUCAACAGUAUCUGUGUUUGUAACGUGCAUUUUUUCAGGAUGCGGUGACACAUAGCAUGUCUGAGCUGCCCCCUGCCCCUUGGAGAAAGCAGAGCCCGUUAUCUGCAAGUCUGGCCGCUGUAGGCAACUUAGAACGGGCAGCUAAGAAAUCUUAACUGCUGCCAUCCUGAGAUUGGCCUGAGAUGAUGUGGCUUCUAAAUCCACCCCAAAAGAACACUUAAAAAAAAAUCCUAUUUAUUUCCACCUCUUUAUAUUUAUGCAACUCAUCUUCACAGAUCGUCCUCCAAUGAAUAGCUGCUGUAUGCUGUAUCCACAGGUCAUCUGUAACGAUCACGUUUUCAGUGCUGUGUCAUCCAAUAAACCCUUGGUGAUCUCCA